AUGUUUCAUCACUGCUGCUGCUUGUUCACAGAGGAGGAGGCGAGGUUCAUCAAGAACCUGUCUAACGUGGAGGGAGCUGAGAUGGACAGCGUGAAGCUGAUAUGCGAGGUGUCCAAACCCAGCGCUGACGUCACCUGGUACAAAGGAGACGAGGAGCUGCCAGAGGGCGGCCGCUACGACCAGAUGGUGGACGGGAAGAGGAGGAUCCUCCUCAUCCAGAACCUGAAGAUGGAUGAUGCUGGAGAGUACUACUGCAAGCUGAGUCCGAGCAUCACAAUCUCUGGAAACCUAACGAUUAAUGAACUGGCUGCUGAGUUCAUCUCCAAGCCUCACAACCAGGAAGUGGUGGAGGGCGAAAAGGCAGAGUUUACCUGCUCCGUCUCCAAGGAAAACUACCAGGUCAGAUGGAUGAAAGAUGAAAAGGAGCUGGAGGAGGGAGACAAGUACCAGAUGAUCAGUGACGGAAAGAGACGAACGCUGGUCAUCAAGAACUGUGAUCCUAAAGAUGAGGGAGGAUACGUGGUGAUGAUUGGCCCGAACGGAGCCAGUGUCAACCUCACUAUUGAGGAGGAGGCGAGGUUCAUCAAGAACCUGUCUAACGUGGAGGGAGCUGAGAUGGACAGCGUGAAGCUGAUAUGCGAGGUGUCCAAACCCAGCGCUGACGUCACCUGGUACAAAGGAGACGAGGAGCUGCCAGAGGGCGGCCGCUACGACCAGAUGGUGGACGGGAAGAGGAGGAUCCUCCUCAUCCAGAACCUGAAGAUGGAUGAUGCUGGAGAGUACUACUGCAAGCUGAGUCCGAGCAUCACAAUCUCUGGAAACCUAACGAUUAAUGAACUGGCUGCUGAGUUCAUCUCCAAGCCUCACAACCAGGAAGUGGGGGAGGGCGAAAAGGCAGAGUUCACCUGCUCCGUCUCCAAGGAAAACUACCAGGUCAGAUGGAUGAAAGACGACAAGGAGCUGGAGGAGGGAGACAAGUACCAGAUGAUCAGUGACGGAAAGAGACGAACGCUGGUCAUCAGGAACUGUGAUCCUAAAGAUGAGGGAGGAUACGUGGUGAUGAUUGGCCCGAACGGAGCCAGUGUCAACCUCACUAUUGAGGAGGAGGCGAGGUUCAUCAAGAACCUGUCUAACGUGGAGGGAGCUGAGAUGGACAGCGUGAAGCUGAUAUGCGAGGUGUCCAAACCCAGCGCUGACGUCACCUGGUACAAAGGAGACGAGGAGCUGCCGGAGGGCGGCCGCUACGACCAGAUGGUGGACGGGAAGAGGAGGAUCCUCCUCAUCCAGAACCUGAAGAUGGAUGAUGCUGGAGAGUACUACUGCAAGCUGAGUCCGAGCAUCACAACCUCUGGAAACCUAACGAUUAAUGAACUGGUUGCUGAGUUCAUCUCCAAGCCUCACAACCAGGAAGUGGUGGAGGGCGAAAAGGCGGAGUUCACCUGCUCCGUCUCCAAGGAAAACUACCAGGUCAGAUGGAUGAAAGAUGAAAAGGAGCUGGAGGAGGGAGACAAGUACCAGAUGAUCAGUGACGGAAAGAGACGAACGCUGGUCAUCAAGGACUGUGAUCCUAAAGAUGAGGGAGGAUACGUGGUGAUGAUUGGCCCGAACGAAGCCAGUGUCAACCUCACUGUUGAGGAGGAGGCGAGGUUCAUCAAGAACCUGUCUAACGUGGAGGGAGCUGAGAUGGACAGCGUGAAGCUGAUAUGCGAGGUGUCCAAACCCAGCGCUGACGUCACCUGGUACAAAGGAGACGAGGAGCUGCCGGAGGGCGGCCGCUACGACCAGAUGGUGGACGGGAAGAGGAGGAUCCUCCUCAUCCAGAACCUGAAGAUGGAUGAUGCUGGAGAGUACUACUGCAAGCUGAGUCCGAGCAUCACAACCUCUGGAAACCUAACGAUUAAUGAACUGGCUGCUGAGUUCAUCUCCAAGCCUCACAACCAGGAAGUGGUGGAGGGCGAAAAGGCAGAGUUUACCUGCUUCAUCUCCAAGGAAAAUUACCAGGUCAGAUGGAUGAAAGAUGAAAAGGAGCUGGAGGAGGGAGACAAGUACCAGAUGAUCAGUGACGGAAAGAGACGAACGCUGGUCAUCAAGAACUGUGAUCCUAAAGAUGAGGGAGGAUACGUGGUGAUGAUUGGCCCGAACGGAGCCAUUGUCAACCUCACUGUUGGUAAGAGAAGCAGCUGA